AUGUCUCACUCGCUGCGGCACCCGAGCCCAAGUCUUUUGGGGCCUCGGCGCUCGCUGCGCAGACACUGCGGCUGGACGGGCAAAGAGUCGAAACCCGACGAAAAACGGGUAUCGAACCGGCGCUGCUGCGUUUGUUGCAGCAUGCGCGAAAAGCUCCCAGAACUGCCUCCACAUCUCUUCCCACAGCACUUUCCUGCUGCGUCUUGCCAUUUUGCGAAUUUGGCAACGGUCUCUUUGACGAUGGAGUAA